AUGGCAAACAGAGCCUUUUGUCGUCAAGACGAGGAAUAUGGAUUAGAGGACGAUGAAACAGAUUCGGUCUUCUCUGUUGGCUAUAGACCUACAAUAGUAUUUUUGUUAUUUUUGUAUUUAACUUAUUUUUAUUUUUUUUUUUGUUUUUGGGUCAUAAUGGAACUGAAAAGAAGCGGAAGGACGUCAAUAAGAAAAGUGGUGUUUCAAAAGAUGAGCCCAAAUGAAAUGCUUUUUGUUGAUGAACGUAAAGUCAUCAAUCUUCAUCGUGUUACAUAUUUAAUUUAUCACAUGGGAUUUGAACCACAUGUAAUGAAAAUGAUAAAUAAUGUACGUCCUGAUAGACAAACAGUUCUUUUCUUUGCUACUUUUCCUAAAACAAUGGAGGCUUUGUCAAGGAAGGUUUUGGAAAGACCUGCGGAAAUUGUAAGUUGGUCGCAGUGUAGUUUGUAAAGAUGUUGAGCAACAUGCUUUAGUUUUGGAGGAACACCAAAAUUUUUUAAAAUUAUUAGAAUUACUUGUCCAAUAUUG